AUGCGCUCUUUCACUUGGACACUGCUCUUCCUCCUCCUGCGGCUGACGGGCAUCGAAGCCUACUACGGCAUCGACUACAACGCCAAAGCGGCCUACUUCAACUUCGCCAACGCCAAGCAGGAAAGCCUGUAUGUAUUUGCGCUCAACAUCGUGCCCGACACGGGCGACGUCUACUUCCACAUGUCGGGGCCGAUCCGGCACUCGUGGAUCGGGGUCGGGUUCGGCGACUCCAUGAUCGACGCCUUCAUGAUGAUCGCCUAUCCCUCCGCCGACGGGCUGAAGACGAUCAUCAGCCCGCGGAUAUCGGACGGCCACUAUGAGCCUGUGUGGGACCCUUACUCCACCGUCGACGGGGUGUACAACGACACCUACGCGCCCAACGCCAACAGCGUCACCGACAACGGCACGGCGACCAUCAUCGCCCAUUCGGUCUGCAGGAACUGCACAACCUGGAUGACGAAGAAUGGGCCUCGCUCGCUCGACAUCACCAGCAAGUCGUACCCCUUCAUCUUCGCGCUGGGCCCCAACGUCACUUUCCGCUCCGACUCGCUGGAAGCCAACAUCCCUCGUCACGCCUUUGUCGGCAGCUUCAACAUGAACCUGGUGGCGGCGACGAAUGCUUCGGGGUGGUAUGGGCGAGUCCCGGCGCCGAAUGUGCCGCAUUUCCCGUUCCCGCCCAACGAUACUGCUUUUGCCAAUUUUGCUUCCACGCCUGCUUAUGAUACGAGGCUGUUCAACGACCCCUUGCCUGGUGCACAUGGGGCGUUGAUGCUGGUCGCCUUUGUGCUCCUAUUCCCAUUUGGUGCGCUGGUCAUGGGCUUCUUGAGAAGAGUGCUGUGGCAUGCGGCAAUUCAAGGCGUGGGCUUCGUCUUAGCUUUUGCUGGAUUCGGAGUCGCCCUGCACUUUUCCUACCAAUACAACAAGUCCAGAUACUACAACUCACCGCAUCAAAUUAUUGGCUUCAUCGUUCUUGGUGGUCUGCUAAUCCAGCUCGGACUUGGCCUCGUGCAUCACACUCUUUACCGCGCCAGCCAUGCUCCGACGCCAUUCGGUCGGAUACACAUGCUGCUCGGUCCGCUGGUGAUGAUCGGAGGGCUGGUCAACGGCGGACUUGGAUUCCACUUUGCAGACAACCAUCAGUACAUCGUCCCCUACGCCAUUGUCGUGGCCAUCAUCGGCUUCAUCUUCCUCCUCACCAUCAGCUGCGUCAUCUGGCUGCGAAACAGACGGAAAUACAAGCCGGAGGAAGACAAAGACGCGUCGAUCGUACAGUCGUCCGCGGACAGCGACAGCGGGUACGAAAUGUCGGUCUCCAAGGCGUUUGGAGAGGAGCCGCCGGCGCCGUACGAGGUGCCGACGACUCCUUACUCGGCCUCCUUUUUGCCCAUGGUCCCCGCCCCGUACUCGCCUGCGGUGCCGUACACGCCUAUUUCGGCGUAUACGCCGAGUUCGUGGAAGAAGGAGGAGAUGAGCAGUUGGCCGCCGGAUUACUUUGCGCAGCAGCACCAUUUUAAGGAUCGGUGGACGUGA